AUGCUCUCAACAGACCGUAACUCGAAGUCAGUCUCUUGUGAUUCUCUAUUCUAUGAGAGAUCAUCACUAAAGAGAAAACUAAUGUCGAGAACCCCGUCGGGCACGGGAGGGAUGGGGACGUCCACUAUCUCCUUCAAGAAUGACGACUAUAAUUAUUUGAUUAAUUGUAAUGAACUCAUCAAAACUUGUAAGGAAGCGCUGUUGGAGAACGAGUCGACUGUAAUAAACACUUUUUCCGAUAUAACUACUGCUGAAGGCAUUAACGAUGUCUCACAGAAAGACUAUAUUUCGGUUCAACAAACUCAAGAACUUCAGAAAAGUUCUAUAGCGGAGUUCAACAAAUGGUUAAGUUAUACCGAACACCAAUUGGAGACCAUCUGCUACUGUGCCAACACUAAGAUUAAGUCCGACUGGAAGGACAUUCAAAGCCAUCACAAAAACUUUAACUCUUAA